AUGGAACCCGUUAGGGAUUGGUCGACUCUAAUUCACGAGAUUUUGGAAGAGAUAGCGAAGCGUAUACUGGUGGUGGAAGAUUUCAUGACUUUUAGAGGAGUUUGUGCUUCUUUGCAAGCCCCGGCAACUAAGGAUAAGUUUGUCCAAUCGUUGACAGGGGUUCCGUUGCUUAUGCUCGCGGAGAAAGGCCGCAACGACGAACGUGAAUUCUACAGUCUACUGAGAAGAAAGAUUGUUAUGCGAUUACCGCUACCGGAGAUGAAGGGUAAAAAGUGCGUGGAGGCUGGAUUUGAGUGGUUCCUAACGGUUUCAGAGCCAGGUGAGAUUGAUUUAUUUAACCCUCGUACUUGUUCUCAGAUCCAGCUUCCCAAUUGCACUGCUUUCCCUGAUUUUUGUAACUGUAAACGUAAGCAGCUUUAUAAAUAUACAUUUAUGUCCAGGGCUGCUCUUUCCGCUAAUCCCUCGCACAUGUCAGAUUUUGUUGUAACUGUAAUUUAUCAUGCUGGUACGUCCUUGGGCUUUUGGAGGUCCGGCGACUUGGUAUGGACAAAGGUAGAAGAAAACACGUCCGAUUCCUUUUGGUGGGAUAUUAUUCAUAGCAAUGGAAAGUUUUUUGCCAUCACUGCGUCUGGUGGAGUUUGUGUAUGGGAUGAAUCUUCACCAUUUGUUAACGUUGCACAGUCGGCCCAAACUGAGGACACGGUUGCACGAUUUGUUCGUGUUGCUCGUGUCCUCUUCUCUAUCGAUGUGCAAUUAGUUGAUCGUAGGGAAGCAUAUCUCGUGGAAUCAUCAAGCGGCGACUUACUAGUCAUUACACGCGAUGGUAUUAAACAUCGGGAAUAUUUGAUGUAUGGUGUUACUAAUUUUAAGGUCAUUCGAUUAGACUUGACAAAGUGCAAGUGGGAGGAAAUUUCUAAUUUGGGCAUGGAUGCUAUUUUUGUUGGUCAUAGUUCUGCUACGUCAAUUGUGGCUUCUGCAUUUUCGGAUGUUAUCAAGGCUAAUUGUAUCUAUUUUACUGAUGAUUGUUUUCAAUCUUAUGCCUUCGAGAAUCGAUGUGGGAGAGGAGGAGGCCGUUUUGGCGUAGGUGGUGGUGAGGAUAUGGGAAUUUAUAAUCUUGAGCAUGGAACUAUUACUCGAUUUUUUAGUGACAUCCUACUAUCUCUUAGUUUUAUUUGUCCAUCAGUUUGGAUAUCAUUCUAA